UUAGUCAAAUUGCACAACAUUUAAAAGUUUUCAACAACUUAUCGGUAGUCAGUUGUUCUAUUGAUGAUUUCUAUUUAACAUUUAAAGAACAAUGUCAGCUUGCACUUUCAAAUCCUAGUAACAAACUUUUGGAAUUUAGGGGAGAACCUGGGACUCAUGAUAUCGCAUUAGGGAAGGAUGUUUUAAAUAGAUUGUGUAGAACGCAUGAAAUUUAUUCUCAAAAAAAAGGACUAUGUAAUAAUCUCAAAGAUAGAGACGUUGAUCAUGAUGAAAGUAAUUUUGAUGUGCUAAUACCCUUUUAUGAUAAAUCUUUGAAUGAUGGUCGAGGAGACCGUGCGGAAGUUGAUAAAUGGGUUAAAGUAUCACCUCCAUUUGAAAUUAUUCUUGUUGAGGGAUGGUUACUUGGAUUUAAACAUUUAUCUAAAUCGCAACUUGAAAAAUUUUAUUUUUCAUCAAAGUCAAUUGCGACCGAACAUGAAUCCUCUUCUUUGAAACUUGUAUCUCACACCCUUUCCCAUCUGUCAUCUAUAAACGAAAAUUUGCAAAAUUAUGAGCGAGAAUGGUACAAGUUUCUCGAUAUAUUUGUUCAUCUUGAUGUACAAGAUAUUAAUUACGUAUACUCAUGGAGAUUAGAGCAGGAAAGAAAUAUGAAAAAUUUGGGAAAAGGGGGAAUGACUGAUGAGCAAGUUAUAGAUUUUAUCGAUAGAUAUAUGCCAAGUUAUGAGCUUUAUUUACCAAAGUUGAGAAAUCAAAAUUUCUUUUGUGAAAAUGAUGGCGAUUUAACGGAUGAAUUUGAGUGUAAAAAUCAUGAGCAAUAUCAUGGAAGGCAUUUAAAAAUCAUUUUGAACAGCAAAAGAGAAUUAAUAAAUGAGAUUUUAAUGUAG